AUGGGAAGUGAAGCAGAGAGCGAAGUGCGCGCGCAGGAUCCGGUGAAGGGCCUGCUUAUCGUCGGCCUCUCUGUUCAUUCGCAAGGCGCUAGAGCUGGUUUGGGGGGUCUCAUGGUUGAGGUAGUCGACGCUUCUCACAGUGACUCUCAAGCACCUGCCUCGCUCGCGCUUGCGACGACCACAUUUUCCAAAUCCCACCACCUCUCCCGCAGCCAACAAAACUCCUCAAAAACACCGAAUCAGCAUCUCAACUCCAUCCAAGAUUUCCAAAAUGGUAAGCCACCACCACCACCCCUCUUCGCAAUCCUCAACCCACCCAAAACUAACACGCCGAUUCCAAAGCCCGCAAAACGCAAACCGCCAACCCAAAAACCCUCCUCCUCAACAACAGACGUCCCCCGCCCCCGCGCCUCCAAACUCGCAAAAGAGCACAACAUCUCCGCCCACGAAGAGCGCGAGAUCCGCGAAGCCUUUUCCCUGUUCGCCGAACCCCUCAAAGGCUACUCCAAAGAAGGCGUCAUCCCCACGUCAGACGUCCGCUCCUGCCUCGUCGCCCUCGGCAUCCCGCCCUCCUCCCGCGACGAGCAGGCCGAGUUCGUCGAGAUCCUGGACCCCGAGGGCGAAGGCUUCGUCGCCUACGAGCCGUUCUUCGCCGUGUGUGCGUUGAAGUAUCAUCAGAGGGAAGAACGGGGCGGAGGCGAGGCGAGGAGGAGGGAGGUGGAGGAGGCGUUUGGGCUUUUCACGGGGGCCGGGGCCGGCGGAGGCUCUUCGGCGUCGGGUUCUGCUGGCCCGCGGGAUGUCAUAACGAUUGCGGACCUCAAGAGGGUUGCUGCCGUGCUGAGGGAGGACGUCAAGGACGAGGUGCUGCGGGAUAUGAUCCUCGAAGCCAACGGCGGCGCGGGCGUAGGCAAGGGAGUGAGGAGGGACGAGUUUGAGGAGGUUAUGCGGCGGGCUGGGGUUUGGCGAUGA